UAUUGUGUUGUUACUUGGUAUCUGGUGUAUGAUACAAAGAACAAAGUUCAACCUGCCAACUUCUAAACCAGUGAGCCAACUACAAAGCAACCAACAGGUAGAGAUGAAUUCUCUACUACCCAAAGCACAAUUCACAACACCUGAGUAUCCUCUUUCUGCUGUCCACUUUCUUCAGGAACUUGGAGAAGGAGCAUUUGGAAAGGUUUAUCGUGGAGAGUUGGUAGGUGCUCAAGGAACUGGAUGUGGCAAACUUGUUGCCAUAAAAACCUUGAAGGAAAAUGCUACAUUCAAAACUCGGCAAGAUUUUCAGCGUGAAGCAGAGUUGAUGUCAGACCUACAUCAUCCCAAUAUUGUCUGUUUGCUGGGGGCUUGCACACGAGAGGAACCUCUCUGUCUGUUGUUCGAGUACAUGCCGAAGGGUGAUCUUCAUGAGUAUUUGAUCUCGCACUCCCCUCGUUCAUGUGUGGGAAGCAGUGAGGACAAAGUAUAUCAGAUACUGGAACUGUCAGAUUUUCUUCACAUCACACAGCAGAUUGCUGAUGGAAUGGAAUAUCUAGCUAGCAAUCAUUAUGUUCAUCGUGACUUGGCAGCUCGGAACUGUCUAGUGGGUGAGGGGAUUGAGGUUAAAAUAUCUGAUUUUGGUCUGUCCCGAGAUAUCUAUUCUUCUGAUUAUUACAGAGUUCAGUCCAAAUCUUUGUUACCUGUCAGAUGGAUGCCUCCAGAGUCUGUCUUGUAUGGAAAAUUUACCACAGAAAGUGAUGUGUGGUCGUUUGGAGUAGUUCUAUGGGAAACUUUUAGUUAUGGACUCCAACCUUACUAUGGGUACAACAACCAGGAGGUCAUCGACAUGAUUCGAUCUAGGCAGCUC